AUGCAAGAGAAAGACAGAGAAAAGAGCUACGCAGACUUCGCUGAACAAAGCAACAGAGUGCAGGAGGCAAUGUGCCAGCAGAAAGAGAAGGACGAGGCCCAGCGCCGCCUCGAGACAGCGCAGAACAACCUGAGACUGGACCCGUUCCUAGCAGAGGGGCGGCGCGACUUCGUCUCCGGCGAUAGCUCCCUCAGCCCGUGGCUGCCUCGACUGGCUACUGGGAGCAUGGGGCGUAACCGCGAUGGGUUUAAGGGGUAUCCGCUAGAACAGCAGCAGCAGCAACAGCAGCAGCAGCAGCAACAGCAGCAGCAGCAGCAGCAGCAGCAGGAGGAGGGUUUAUGA